UAUAUCUAUCUACCAUGGCCAACUCAAAGCUUUUCUGUCUUCUCCCUCUACUUUUCAUCGCUGCCGUCGUCCUUACCACACAGACAGCCAUGGCGAUUAUCAUUCCCUCGGUUAACCCUAUCGGCUAUAACUGUUCAAACUUUAGAAACUACACUAUCAAUUCCAAAUACCCAAAUAACGUAGACAAACUUUUGGGUAACCUCGCCUCCGAAUCACCAAUCAACGACGGUUUUAGCUCCGGCUCUGCCGGUCAAUACAUAGACAAAGUCUACGGCCUUGCUCUCUGCCGUGGCGACGCCUCCAACACAAGCUGCAAGUCUUGCCUAGAUUACGCCAGGACGGCGAUACGUCAAUUUUGCAGUAACAACCAAAACGGCAUCAUAUGGUACGACAGUUGUCUUCUUAAGUACUCCGAGUAUGAUUUCAUUGGGAAGAUAGACAACGUCAAUAAGCUCUACCUGUCGAGCCCAUCACCCGUGAGAAACCGGAGGGGGGCAUUCCUCCAGAAAAGGGACAACCUGUUGAAGCAACUGGCGGUGAAGGCCGCCGGGCAGAAGAGUUUUUACGCGACCGAAGAUGUGAAGUUCGACGAAUCGGUGAACAUGUACGGCUUGGUUCAGUGCACCAGGGAUCUCUCCGGCGAGGAUUGUAGGAAAUGCCUCAACGGCGCCAUUGCGGAGCUCCCAAAGUGCUGUCGUGCCCAACGGGGAGGGAGAGUUAUGGGAGGGAGUUGCAUAGUCAGAUAUGAAAUAUAUCCUUUUUACAAUUGAAAUGAAAUGCAGUGAAGAAACGCAUGUUUAAUAUGUAUGUUAUCUAUAAGGGAACAUAUAAUAAAUAUAAAUAAAAGGGGCAGUGUGUGACUUGUGAGAGCUGUCCCUAUUCCUUAAGAGCAUCCUUAUCAAUGAAGAUAUUUCGAGG